AUGAGUAGUACCUACUGUGGCAACUCUUCAGCUAAGAUGAGUGUCAACGAAGUAUCAGCUUUCUCAUUGACUCUGGAGCAAAAGACUGGCUUUGCUUUUGUUGGGAUUUUGUGUAUUUUCUUGGGACUUCUAAUUAUCAGAUGCUUCAAAAUCCUGUUAGACCCAUAUAGUAGCAUGCCUUCCUCUACCUGGGAGGAUGAAGUUGAAGAGUUCGAUAAAGGGACAUUUGAAUAUGCACUGGCAUGA